CCGGGCGCUGGCAGAGGCGCCAUGGAGGCCGAGCCAGGCCCGGCAGAGGGUGCGCGGGCCCUGGCCCUGGACGAGUUCGCGGCGGUGCACGGGCCCGCGCUGCGCGCCUCUGGGGUCCCCGAGCGGUACUGGGGCCGCCUCCUGCACAAGUUGGAGCACGAGGUGUUCGAUGCCGGGGAGUUGUUCGGGAUCAUGCAGGUGGAAGAAGUGGAGGACGAGGAGGCGGCGGCGGCGGCCCGGGAGGUGCGGAGGAAGCAGCCCAACCCGGGCGGCGAGCUGUGCUACAAGGUCAUCGUGACCAGUGAGAGUGGGCUGCGGGCGGCUGACCCCAACAGCAUCUUCCUCAUCGACCACGCCUGGACGUGCCGGGUGCCGCACGCCCGCCAGCAGCUGCAGCAGGUGCCGGGGCUGCUGCACCGCAUGGCCAGCCUGAUGGGCAUCGAGUUCCACGGCGAGCUGCCCGGCCCCGAGACCGUGGCCCUGGUGCUGGAGGAGAUGUGGAAGUUCAACCAGACCUACCAGCUGUCGCACGGGACAGCCGAGGAGAAGGUUCCAGUGUGGUACAUCAUGGACGAGUUUGGCUCGCGGAUCCAGCACGCAGACGUGCCCAGCUUUGCCACCGCGCCCUUCUUCUACAUGCCCCAGCAGGUGGCCUACACGCUGCUGUGGCCCCUGCGGGACCUGGACACCGGCGAGGAGGUCACCCGGGACUUUGCCUACGGAGAGGCGGACCCUCUGGUCCGGAAGUGCAUGCUGCUGCCCUGGGCCCCCGCCGACAUGCUGGACCUCAGCUCCUGCACGCCCGAGCCGCCCGCCGACUACUACCAGGCCAUCCUGGACGAAAACAAGGAGAAGCUGCCGCUGCCCAUCACCCCGGCAGCACGUCCCGACGACCACAUCUUCAAGGUCUACACGGACGUGCAGCAGGUCCUCAGCCACCUGUCCCACCCCCGCUUCACCUUCACGCAGAGCGAGGCCGACGCCGACAUCCUGUACAACUUCUCACACUUCAAGGACUACAGGAAGCUCAGCCAGGAGCGGCCGCACGUGCUGCUGAACCAGUUUCCCUGUGAGAACCUGCUGACGGUCAAGGACUGCCUGGCGUCCAUCGCGCGCCGCGCCGGUGGCCCCGAGGGCCCGCCCUGGCUGCCCCGCACCUUCAACCUGCGCACGGAGCUGCCCCAGUUUGUCAGCUACUUCCAGCAGCGGGAGAGGCGGGGUGAAGACAACCACUGGAUCUGUAAGCCCUGGAACCUGGCCCGCAGCCUGGACACCCACAUCACCAAGAACCUGCACAGCGUCAUCCGGCAGCGGGAGAGCACCCCCAAGGUAGUGUCCAAGUACAUCGAGAGCCCCGUCCUGUUCCUGCGAGAGGACGUGGGGAAGGUCAAGUUCGACGUGCGCUACGUGGUGCUGCUGCGGGCCGUGCAGCCCCCGAGCUUGUUCGUGUACGACGUGUUCUGGCUGCGCUUCUCCAACCGGCCCUUCGCGCUCAACGACCUGGACGACUACGAGAAGCACUUCACAGUCAUGAACUACAGCCCGGACGCGGUGCUCAAGCAGGUGCACUGUGAGGAGUUCAUCCCCGAGUUCGAGAAGCAGUACCCGGGAUUUCCCUGGAGCGACGUCCAGGCGGAGAUCUUCCAGGCCCUCAGGGAGCUGUUCCAGGUGGCGUGCGCCCAGCCCCCACCCAUGGGCCUCUGCGACUACCCCUCCUCCCGGGCCAUGUAUGCCGUGGACCUCAUGCUGAAGUGGGACAGCCGCCCAGACGGGCGGCGGGUGAUGCAGCCACAGAUCCUGGAGGUGAACUUCAACCCUGACUGCGAGCGGGCCUGCAGGUACCACCCCAGCUUCUUCAACGACGUCUUCAGCACCUUGUUUCUGGACCAACCCAGCGACUGCCACGUCACCCGCCUCCUCUAGGCGCUCGCUGUCCCCCUGCCAGGGGCACUGCCCCUCCCCCCUGCUCCCCUGAGCCAUCGGCCCCGCCUCACGCCCUCUGCAGUGUCCCCGUGGCUAAGCUCUGCCCCAGGCCCUGUGCAGCUCGGCCAGCGGCUCUGUUCCUGACACCAGGGCAGUGGGGGGCAGGGGGCCGGGUGUUAGGGAGGGGUCCUGCACCACAUGACCCAGUACCCGCAGGCAGGGGUUCCCCAGGAAGCCUCUGGGAACUGUGGAACCGGGAGGGCCAGGCCGGUUUUUUCUCGUCUCCCUGUCGGUGCAUCGUGCACGCCUCCCGGGCUCGGUGGGACAGGUUCCCUGGCACAGCCUUACUGCCCAAGCCGCCCCCUUCCUGUCUGCAAGCACGGGCCUGUCCCCUGGAAAGUCGGCCCUCGGGCCCCGCUGGCCCAGUGGCCUCCGGUCCCAGCCGUGUCUGGGGUGCUGGGACGCCCUGGUGGGGAGGCAGGACGAGGGUGGGCGGCAGUGCCGGACAGUGGGCAACCGGGAAAUGCCGUCAGCUAACAGGUGCUUCCUGGAGCGCUUGGGUGAGCUCCAAGUGAGGUCCAAGAGGCCAAGUGUAGGUUUUGUUAGUCGGAGGUCACAGGAGAAGGUACGAACCUGUUCCUGUCGAAUUUGGUUUCUGAAAUCUAAGUCAGCGGUCAGGGUGUUGUGCACCUGGCUCCCCGGGGGGUGGGAGCUGCUUCCAGGCAGGGGGAGGGGCGAGGCUGGGCCUGGCAGUGGUGGUUUCAUUUUUGAAGCAAAGUGAUCCUCGGAGCAGAACUGGACACGCGUCCACCUCCCAUCCUGGACCUGCUGGGGGCGCUGCCCCGCCCCUGGCCAAGCAGAGGCCAGCGUGUCCCCGGGAGAGUGGCCUCAGUUUGUACCGUAAUAAAGUGUGCCUUUGUUUUA